CAUCCUGUGAUACCAACUGUUUGCUCUUUGGGUCCUGCCCUAUGUCUGGGAACUCACGGCCCUGAGGUUGUGACAUAAUUUGGUGGCAAGCAGUGGCAUAGGAUCCCAGGACCCAAAAGGCACCAUGAGCACCCCACCUGGAUUCUACGCUGACCCAUUGGAUCUCUUCGCUUGCAUGGAUUACUCCUGGACUCCAGAGAUCCCUACUGAUCCCAGAGAGAGGACCCUGUUCUGGCUGAGAUGUGAGUCACUGGGACUAUCUGGGGAUGAGGGUCUGGCAUAUGGAGUAGGGCAGUUAGUGGCAGGAGAGGCAGACCUGGAGGAUGGGUACUAUGUUCUGCAGCGCACCAUGCACCAACCAGGUGGGAGAUAUUGGCACAGUCCCUAUACAGUGCUCCCACUUCCCUGUAGCUUGGCGGAAUGGCACGGCCAAUGGGAGAGGCUGAAUUUCUGUGACUAUAGCACCUUUGUGGGUAACCCAGAGGGGGAAUUCCAUACCCUCUAUGCACAGCGCUUCUUUUAUAUAGGAAGGAAUGAUACAGAGGAACGGAGGGACUGGCUUGCUGACCUGGUGUAUCAGGAACUGGAAUUGAUAAAAGAGUAUGGGAGUAUCCAGGAAUUGGAAAACCAACGCAAGGAAGCACUGAGGGUAUGUGCACCAUCUUUUUGGGGUUUUCAGCAGGCACAGCCAUGUCUUGGUACUGUAGGCCCAAAAGACUUUCACUUACCCCCCAGUACAGUCAGUGCCGGGGUGGGGGAGGAACAAGAAGCUUCCCAAACAACUUUAUUUUGGUCCCCAAGUGAAAUCCCUGUUUGUGAGGAGUUCAGUGGUUGCGUUGCCCCUGUGCUGGCAGAACCGGAGAGUGGGUGCUGCCACUUUAAAGGCUUGGCAGAGGCUGAGGCCUCCCCGAGUGAAAACCCUGUUUGUUUAGAGUUCAGUGGUUGUGUUACCCCUGGGCUGGCAGAACCGGAGAGUGGGUGCUGCCACUUUAAAGGCUUGGCAGAGGCUGAGGCCUCCCCGAGUGAAAACCCUGUUUGUUUAGAGUUCAGUGGUUGUGUUACCCCUGUGCUGGUAGAACCGGAGAUUGGGUGCUGCCACUUUAAAGGCUUGGCAGAGGCUGAGGCCUCCCCAAGUGAAAUCCCAGUCUGUAUGGAGUCCAGUGGUUGUGUUACCCCUGGGCUGGCAGAACCGGAGAGUGGGUGCUGCCACUUUAAAGGCUUGGCAGAGGCUGAGGCCUCCCCGAGUGAAAACCCUGUUUGUUUAGAGUUCAGUGGUUGUGUUACCCCUGUGCUGGCAGAACCGGAGAGUGGGUGCUGCCACUUUAAAGGCUUGGCAGAGGCUGAGGCCUCCCCGAGUGAAAUCCCUAAUUGUGUGGAGCCUGGAGCUGCUCAGUUUGAAAAAAGCUCCAAGGAGGGAAGAGAUGAGGAUUCCCCACUACCUGAGUUGUUGCUGGCUGGAGAGGACCAGGAACAGGACCAAGAGGAAAGCAUUGCUCAGCAUUCCCCAAUGUCUAUCAGAGCAGUCAGUUCUGGGAAUGGAGUAAGGGGCACCCCAAAAGCACAACGUGUAACCAGGGCAGUUGUUCCGGAAACCCCCUCUGGCAGACAACAAGGCCAGAGAAUUACCCCACAGAGAAAUAAAACACUGGUGAGUCCCCGUGCUGUCCCUACAAUAUCUCCCAGAUGGAGGGGUCCCCCAUUGUGUAAUGUUACAGGGACCGGGGCCUUGAGAGAGGUUGGGUGGAACUUAGAAUUAAAGAAAAGACAGGGGGAUAAACAUUUGUCUAAUACUCUUUGGGGUCCACUGGUCAUUGGGGUCACUUGAAGAUGAGUCACCUUGGCCUGACUGCUUGGGGGGGGGGGAUACAGACUGUACCACCUGGGAUUGUUCCCUUCUCCCUGGAAGGCCCCUUUAUUGUCCUGGAGGCCAGAACUGUGACAUUACAGGGUCGCCCAUAUGGAGGAGAGAGGGUUAAUGAUGGCCGCCCUGAAAUAUCCCUCUUAGAUCCUGUGGGUUCUGUUUACACCUCAUCUUGUUAUUCCUGUUUUGCCAAUAUGCCCCCCCCCCCAAGGAACUAAAGACUUUUGCUAAGUGACUUUGGGAAACUGCACCAACUGCUGCCCCCUACUGUGUGUAAGGGGCCCAGCCACUAAGGGCUGUCUGGGAGGGGGAGAGAAUACAGUAACUCUGGGACAGAUACAAAUUAGGACUCUAAAGUAACAUUUUUCUUUCUUAUUAUGGAUAUUUUGCCUUAUGGGAAUUGGCUAGUGAGGCUGCUGGGAACCUGUGUAGGCCCCCAGCAGGCUCACUAUUUGGGAAGGGGGAGAAAUGUGACAUAACAAACUGUAUAAGUUG